AUGGCGGUGUGGUGGAGUGGGUGCUGGAGGAGCAGCUCUGGAGCGGCUCGGUGGCUGGACUGGUGUCGCGGGUUCAGCAGAAGAGCUCUCACUCAUGCGGCGUCAGAGAGCUCCACCGCUGCGACACAGGUUUUAUUCCGGCAGGGCCCUGUAUAUAAUUUUAACAAACCAAUGACUAUUGCAAGGCACAGGAAGAGAUGUCUGUACACAACACGAGUCUGUUACAGUAUAUACAGUGAUGCAAAGCUGAAAGAUCCUUUCUCACUAGCACAAAAAGACUUGCAAAAUCUAUAUGAUGACAUAAAAAAGCAGCUGCUCGUCUCUAAAGCGGAGCUGAAAGCACUGUGUGAUUAUUACUUCGAUGGAAAGGGAAAAGCCUUUCGACCAAUGAUUGUAAUCCUGAUGGCUCGAGCUUGUAACGUCCACAGUAAUAAAGAGGGGUGAGAAAGCCCUUCACAGAUCUGAUCCGAUCUCAUCUCUGAGAUGAUCCACACUGCCAGCCUGGUGCAUGACAACGUUCUUGAUGAUUCAGACACGAGACGUGGCAAAAACACCGUUAAUAAAGUCUGGGGAGAGAGAAAAGCUAUCCUGGCUGGAGAUUUCAUUCUGUCUGUGGCGUCCAUGGCAUUAGCACGUAUUGGAAACACUACAGUAGUGUCUGUGCUGUUACAAGUCAUAGAAGACCUUGUGCGAGGUGAAUUCAUGCAGCUGGGAUCUAAAGAGAAUGAAAAAGAGAGAUUCAAGCACUUGCAUCUUGAGAAAACCUUUAAAAAGACAGCAAGUCUCAUUGCGAACAGUUGUAAAGCAGUGUCAAUUCGGGUGAAUUCUGAUCAAUAUGGACGAAAUCUUGGCAUUGCAUUCCAGCUCAUGGAUGACAUUCUGGACUUCACUUCCAGUGCAAAGCGUCUAGGGAAGCCGUCAGCUGCCGAUCUCAAACUGGGUUUGGCCACCGGUCCCCCCGUCCUGUUCGCUUGUCGACAGUUUCCUGAGCUGCAUGUAAUGAUAAUGAGACGCUUCAGCUCUGAUGGAGAUGUGGAUCGAGCCUGGCAAUAUGUCCUGAAGAGUGACGGUGUGGAGCAGACGAACUACCUCGCCCAGCACUACUGCCAAGAGGCCAUUGGUCAGAUCAGCAGUCGACAGAGCAAGACGCGCUCAUCCAAGUGA